GCAUCCACCGCGAUGGGGAAGGCGGCGCAGGGAGACGCGGGGCGGGAGCGGCUGCCUAAGAUGCGGCUCGGCUGCCUCUCCGGGUCCCAGGCGCCGAACAUCCUCCUCCUCCUCUUCCUCUUCUCCCCGUGGACCCUGGCCGAGGAUCGCAGCCCGGAGCGCCGGUGCCGCCUGCCGUGCGAGUGCCCCGCGGAGCCGCCCGCCUGCGCGCCCGGCGUGCCGCCGGUCUUGGACGGCUGCUCCUGCUGUCUGACUUGCGCCCGGCAACGCGGGGAGAACUGCUCCGAAGCGACGCCCUGCGACGAGAGCGCCGGCUUGUACUGCGACCGCGGGGCGGGAAGGGAAGCCGGUCUGGGCGUCUGUAUGGAUCUUGAAGGAGACAACUGUGUUUUUGAUGGGACUAUUUAUCGAAGUGGUGAGACCUUCCAGCCCAACUGUAAAUACCACUGUACCUGCAGGGAUGGACAGAUCAGCUGUGUGCCCCUCUGCAAAGUUGAUUUGUUGCUUCCUGGCCCCAAAUGCCCCUUCCCAAGGAAAGUGGAAGUCCCCAAGGAAUGCUGUGAACAGUGGUCAUGUGAUCCUAAAACAGAGGACGCUGCAGACUUUGCAAUGGAAGGAUUCAGACAGGAAGCUACCUCGAGGACUGAAGGUUCCGACUCCAGUUCUAACUGCAUUGAGCAGACAACGGAAUGGAGUGCCUGUUCUACCAGCUGUGGCAUGGGAGCCUCCACCAGAGUCACCAACAGGAACCCAAUGUGUGAGAUGGUGAAAGAGAUGAGGCUAUGUGAAGUGCGCCCCUGUGAAAAGAGUCCACUACCUGAUAAGAAGGGGAAAAAAUGCCUCCGAACUAUAAAGCCUCCCACAGCUACCCAUCUGGCGUACCAGAACUGCACCAGCAUCCAGAUGUAUAAACCCCGUUACUGUGGCAUCUGCAACGAUGGACGGUGCUGCACGCCACACACGACAAAAACAAUCCAGGUGGAAUUCCGUUGUCCUCAAGGCAACACCAUCCAACACCCUGUGAUGUCCAUUAUUAGCUGUGUGUGUCACAAGAACUGUCCUCAGAAUAGCAACACUUUUGUGCGAAAGCUCAGUUGAAUGAGCCGCUCAAAAAUCACCAGACUAG